CCGAAGAAAUGUCUCGGAUCUAGAUGGAAAUUUUACCCUAAUUCGAUCCACCAUGUAACGGUAGGCGGCCAAGAUCGCCUCCCCACAUCCUACCAUAUGCCUAUUGGUAUAAACUUCCCCAGAAAACACGUUCGGUUUAAGAAUGGCCGAAGUGACAACCUCGGAAGAUGUCCAUUUUCAAACCACGGACCUAGUGCUGGAUAUAUGGCGGGAAAUAUGGGAGGAUGGUGCAAACGUAGGCGUACUUAAAGAGCGUUAACACUGCCCUGACAUGAUCCAGCUCCAUCCUGUAGGUUGUUCCGCAGCUGUCGCGUAUUCUUUCAGUUGACUUUUCCCUCGGCAGAAUGAUCCUGUCGAAACUAGCAGCUCUUGCUGCUAUCCUGAGUCGGGCAUCGGCCUUCCUAAAUGCCACGGAGACUAGCACUCAGUACAUCUUGCAGAAUGACGACCUGCAUGUGACUGUGAGCAAGAGUAACGGACAGGUUGUCGAGCUUCUCCUCGGAAAGGAAAAUCUGCUGGGCCCGACGAGUGGGAGCUCGGGUAAAGGACCGUAUCUGGACUGUUCCUGCAUCCCGAGCGGUUUCUGGACUCCCGGUGGUACUGCGCGAUUCAAGCUCAUCCGCGACGUCGAUUCGACCGGCACACCAUUUGGCGGUGUGGUGAUGAGCGAUACGUAUGCCGCCACCAACCAGACAUUGGAGCAGUACUGGUUCUUGCGCGAUGGAGAAACCGGCCUGCACUUGUUCUCUCGAGUCACGUAUUUCAACGAGGGCACGCCCUUCCUCCGGGGCCUAGGCGAGCUGCGUACGCUAUUCCGGCCGAACACGCCGUUAUGGACGCACUUAUCCAGCAGCGAGGGCAACUGGGCUCCGAUCCCCUCAGCCGAUGCCUACCGCACUGGCAUUACAGUUCAAGACGCAACGACAUAUCUUGGAAACGCGACGAACGACGCCUACGUGAAACAAUACUCGGACUACUUUACAAAGUACACCUUCUCGGAGGUGUGGCGCGACCACGAUGUUCACGGGCAGUAUUCGGACGGUUCUACGAGCUCUGACGGGAAUACCUACGGCGCCUGGCUAGUGCACAAUACGCGGGAAACAUACUAUGGCGGGCCACUGCACUCAGACCUUGUAGUGGACGGUAUUGUGUACAACUACUUAGUAUCAGGCCACCACGGCGCCCCUACCCCUAACCUCACCCACGGCUUCGACCGGACCUGGGGCCCGCAGUACUACCACUUCAACAAGGGCGGACCUGACACUACGCUCGCCGAGCUCAGGGCCGACGCGGCUCAGUACGCAAAGCCGGAAUGGAAUAGCCAGUUCUACGACAGCAUCGCCAAAUACGUGCCUAAUUAUGUGCCUUCUUCGCAGCGCACAACCUUCAAGGCAACCAUCGAACUGCCCCGAGAUGCGAAGAAGCCGAUCGCUGUGCUUGCCGAGAACAGACAGGAUUUCCAGCUGAACGUGUUUGACAAGUCAAGUCUUCAGUACUGGGCCGAUAUCGACCCCGCGACCGGCGUCGUGGAGAUCCCUAGGGUGAAGGAGGGGACAUACAGGCUGACAGUAUACGCUGAAGGAAUUUUCGGCUGGUUUAUCCAGGACGAUGUCAAGGUGUCUAGGGCAGCUGGCGAGACGUCGCUCCGGUUCCAGUGGAAGCCCGACAGCGCCGGGGAGGAGAUCUGGCGAAUCGGCACGCCCGAUAAGUCAGCGGGGGAAUACAAGCACGGCUACGCGCUAGAUGUGUCGAGGCCUCUUCAGCCCGAGCAGUACCGCAUCUACUGGGGCGUCUACGACUUCCCGAGCGAGUUCCCGGACGGCGUGGUGUUCAAGGUGGGCGAGAGCAAGGAGGCCGAGGACUUCAACUACGUGCACUGGUCCUUCUUCCCGGGCCGGUCGAACUUCCUCCGGCCGCAGCCCUACUACGAAAACGUCAACAACUGGACCAUUCAGUUCAACCUCAGCGACGACCAGCUCGCUGGCGCGAAGACGGCCACCUUCACCGUCGAGCUCGCCGGCGUCAAGACCGCGAACGGCAACAACAAGUGGGCGUCGCUCCCCGGGGAGAAGUAUUCUAACGUGCCCUACACCGUGGCCGUCAACGGGGCCGACGUCGAGACGUGGAUCAUACCGUCCUACCGCAGCGGAUCGUGUGGCGUGCGGAGCAGCGUGGUGUGCCAGAACUUUGGCAAGAAGUUCACAUUCCCGGCCGAGAAGUUGAAGGAAGGUCAGAAUGAGUUCGUUCUGAGCUUACCGUUUAACGCGACUAGUACGGAGACAGCGUUGCUGCCAGAGACGAUAUACGUGCAGUACGACGCGCUGAGGCUCGAGCUUAGCUAGGAGAGAGAGAAUAGCUAACUCUUAGAAUGCUAGCAAGAGCAUCGUUACUAGACCAUUAUUAGCCGCCUUUCUUUCCUCAGUUUUCUUCGGCGACUUGACCAUGUCAAGGGUGACGUGAAGGUAUAAUACGAUAUUAGUCGACUGUGCCGACAUUAUGACAAGGGAAUGUACUUGGAAUAGAUUCAAUUCAACUAAUAAUUCUAUAAGGGGUCUCUUAGGUCCUUAUCCCUUUUUAGGUUUCCCGGUCCCCCUCUCGUC